UCUCGUGGGCGCCAGCAUGGACCGUAACCCGUCCCCUCCUCCGCCUAGCUGCAGUCAGGAGGACGAGGAGGACCUGGCCGGGGGAGACUGCAUUGGGAGCACGGUCUACAGCAAGCACUGGCUCUUCGGAGUACUCAGCGGACUCAUCCAGAUUGUCACACCUGAAAGUGCCAAGUCCAGCUCGGAUGAGGAACAACAGACAGAGCUCACUGAGGAAACGGAGAACGAAAUCUGCAGAGUCUGGGAUAUGUCCAUGGAUGAGGAUGUGGCUUUGUUUCUACAAGAAUUUAAGGCUCCUGAUAUAUUCAUGGGAGUGCUGGCCAAAUCCAGGUGUCCCCGAUUAAGAGAAAUUUGUGUGGGAAUUUUAGGGAAUAUGGCUUGUUUCCGGGAGAUAUGUGUGUCCAUCAGCAGCUGCGAAGAUCAUGGGCAGGUGCUUCUGCAGUGUUUGUGCGACUCAGACCCACCCACUCUACUAGAAACCAGCAGGUUGUUGCUUACUUGCCUUUCCCAGGCAGAAGUGGCCAGUGUCUGGGUUGAAAGGAUCCGGGAACAUCCGUCCAUUUAUGCCAGCAUCUGCUUCAUCAUGUCAAGUUCAACAAAUGUUGACUUGUUGGUGAAGGUGGGGGAGGUCGUGGACAAGCUCUUUGACUUGGAUGAAAAACUCAUGUUGGAGUGGAUUAGAAAUGGGACUGCCCGGCUUCCGGACCAACCCCAGGAGGACUCUGAAGAGCAGCCAGUAUUUUCUUUUGUACCCAGUAUCCUGGAAGCUGCCAGACAAAUACGGUCUGAAAACCUGGAAGGGCUUGAUGUUUACAUGCACAUCUUACAGCUGCUCACCACAGCGGACGAUGGGAUUCAAGCAAUUGUACAGUGUCCUGAUACUGCAAAAGACACAUGGAAUUUACUUUUUGACCUGGUGUGCCAUGAAUUCUGCCAAGUUGGUGACCCGCCCAUCAUACUGCAGGAGCAGAAAACAGUGCUGGCCUCUGUCUUCUCCGUGAUGUCUGCCAUCAGUGCUUCGUGGGCUGCACAGGAGCACCCCAAGAGGGAAGAAGUGGAUCUUCCUCUAAUUGACAGCCUGAUUCGGGUGUUACAAAAUAUGGAACAUUGUCAGAAGAAACCAGAGAACUCCACAGAGUCCGACCCAGAGGAGCCUACAAACUGUGGUUCAACCCAAGAUGAGUUCCAUAUGAAGAUCCUAAAGGAUAUUUCAUGUGAAUUCCUUUCUAAUAUUUUUCAGGAGUUAUCAAAGGAAACUGUGGCUCAGGGACUGAAGGAGGGCCAGUUAAACAAAGAGAAGUGUUCCUGUGCAUUUCAGAGCCUCCUGCCCCUCUACAGCCCCGUGGUGGAAGACUUCGUUAAAGUCCUACGCGAGGUUGACAAGGCUCUUGCCGAGGACCUGGAAGACAGCUUCCCCAGUGUGAAGGCUCAGACUUGAGACCCGAGUUGGAGUUCCUGCUCUCUAAGGAAUAAACUGUUUGCAGUGGUUUGAAGUUGGCGUUUGGAAGAUUUGGAUGACCGUGUACUUCCUGAUGUCCCUGCUCCCCGUUUACCCCACUUUCAUUUGCGCCGGUCCCUAGGGUUUCUCCACUGUCACCCCCUCCCCUUUGCACUGAUUGUAUGUUACUGCUGUGCAGUUGACAAAUUCAAAUAGUAGAGUAGGUAAGGAUUGUCUUCACAAGUGUUAGUCUGUGUCCUUUAGAAGUAUAUUUGCUGCAGCAGCAGAAGCCCUCGAAUGACAGCUUCUCCGGUAUCUGUGUGUCUCAUGCAUGUGUACAGAGACCAUCAGCUUUUCCCAGUCCCAGUGGCCCACCGCGCAGAUCUUUGCACUUACUUAUUCAUAACCAUGAGGGCUGUGCCGUUCCAUCCGGGGAUGAAAAGGAAGAGGCAUUCUACAAAAUUCUGGCAGCUUCCCCUGACCCCUGUUCUGUGUUAUAUUUAACGUCCCGAUCCUCCCUGCACUCUGUAAGAGGUAAGGUGUGACCGGCUUAGAGCGCUAACCUGCUAAUACACUGUAGUGGUUCUCUAAGCAUUUAACAAGCUGUUUAGACUUCUCCAGGCUGUUAGUGACAACUUGGAAGCAGUUGUUACUCUCUUAGUUUGGGUGUCUAUUGCUGUACAGAGACACCAUGACCAUGGAACUCUUGUGAAGGAAAGCAUUUUAUUGUGGCAGCGGCUCACAGUUCAGAAUUUGGUCCAUUGUCAUAGUGGGACAUGGCAGCGUGCAGGCAGACACAGUGCUGGAGAAGGAGCUGAGAGUUCUACAUCUUAGCGGCAACAGGAAGUUGACUGGAACACUGGAGUAGCUUGAGCAUAGGUGAGACCUCAAAGCCCACCCCCACAGUGACACAUGCCCUUUGGGGGCCGUUUUCUUCUUACUUCCUUUCUUUCCUCCCUAUUCUCUUCCUCCCUUCCUUCCUUCCUUCCUUCCUUCCUUCCUUCCUUCCUUCCUUCUUUCCUUCCUUUAUUUCUUUCUUUAUUUUUUUUGUUUUUUGAGACAGGGUUUCUUUGUGUAACAGUCCUGGCUGUCCUGAAACUUUCUUUGUAGACCAGGCUGUCCUCAAACUCAUUGAGAUUUGUCUGUCUCCCAAGUGCCUGGAUUAAAGGUGUGUGCCACCACCACCUGGCUGACAUUCUCUUUCAAACCACCACAGUUACUUUGCCUUUGUUCCCCUGAGAGUCACUCUGGUUCGCAGCUGGAGGUGGAAAUGCAUGGUUUUGCUUCAGAGCGUGAUUUACUGAGCAAAUUGUAGAUGAGAUUGAGAGAAUGUGACAGCCUCUGCAGUCUGUCUCCCUGGUGCUUUGUCCCUCCAACCAAGGCUUCCUGAUGAGGAUACGGGCACAGCCAACCAGGUGCUUAGGUUUCAGUCCGCAUCACUUCAGGUGCUAACUGGAGUUCUUCAUUGGCUUUUUAAAAGUCUCAGUUAUGCACAGUAAGGGCAGCUUUAUAAAUCCAUCCCAGUUCUCCUCAGAACCUUUGAAUUUAAGGGGAUGUUCUUUGUACUCCUUGAAGGAUUUGUGUUUAUAAAUGUAUAAAAAAUUAUCUUCAUUAUCCCAGCUAAACUGCAUGAAGACUCUUGCCCUGAAGAGUGUCGGUGUCUUCUCACUAUGGAAACUGAGUAUGUGGUUUGGCACUAGCACAGUCUUGUUGGAAGUCUUUAGUGGUUUUGUGGUAUAGUAGGUAGGGAAAGAAACUAUCAGAAUCUCAAACACGAAAAGUUUUUAAGAUAUUGCUAUUCUCAGUGCUUAUUCAUUGGGUUAGUCAAACCUAAAAGCUGGUCAGACAUCGUCCUCGUGGCCAGGUGUAACGCGAAUUCUAGUUGGUCUUAUUAAUAAAAACCCGGAGUCUGAUAUGGGGUUAAUGUUGAAAGAUCAGGGAAGCAGAGCGGCCAGCCACUAGUUCUUACCUCUACUGAAUCCUCAGACCAAAGGGGCGAUCCUGUCCCUACAGAUCAUCAGACUGAAUGUCCUGAGCUCUCAUCUCCUCCCACCUUAUAUUCAUCUCUCCACCCUGCCAUGUCACUCCAGUCUCUACCUCCUUAGUGCUGGGUUUAAAGGGAUGUAAUCCAAAGUGCUGGGAUCAAAUGUGUGAGCUCUGUUUCUCUUUUAGACUAGUUCAGUCUCAGGUAGCCCAAGGUGGCCUUGAACUCACAGAGAUUCAUCUGCCUCUGUCUCCCAAGUGCUGGGAUUAAAGGUGUGUGCUACCACACCUUGAACUCACAGAUGUUGCAAGGAGGGGCUACUUGUUCUUCCUGGCUGCCCAGCUUGCUUAGCCCCGAAAUAACCACAUAGAAACUGUAUUAAUUAAAUCACUGCCUUGCCCAUUAGCUCUAGCUUCUUAUUGGCUAACUCUUAUAUUAAUUUAACCCAUUUCUAUUAAUCUGUAUAUGGCCACAUGGCAGUGGCUUACCAGGUAAAAUUCCCAGUGUCUGUCUCCGGCGGAUACAUGGCAUAUCUUUCCCGACUCUGCUUUCUUCCUCCCAGAAUUCAGUUCUGUCUUCCCCACCUACAUAAGUUCUGCCUUAUCAACUAGGUCAAGGCAGUUUCUUUAUUAACCAAUAAAAGCAACACAAAGAUAGAAGGACCUUCUACACCACACAGAGGUCUACCUGCCCGUCUCCCAAGUGUUGAGAUUAAAGUGUUUGCCACCACACCCAACUACUGUCUUUCUUUCUUUUUUAUUUUAAGGAC